AUGUCAGGUAACUCAAUUUUGAUACAUGACAACACUGAACAUAAUUUGGAUGAAAAGACAAAUGAACUACUAGAGUUUGGAACCUAUAGUUGCCUGGCAAAACUCUCUGGUUUCGACGGGGUCAUUGGCAAAACU